AUGGCAUGGGGGGAUCGGAACAGAAGCACCGGAGACUAUAUAGUAUCGGGAGACCUGGGGCGGGUCUAUUCCCAGGAUGCCUCCACCGAUCUGAGUGAGAAACCAGGGACCUCAGCUGCAAUGCAAACCUUUCAAGAUUGGAAGAAAGACAAUCUCACCCGGAUUAAAGCGAGGGCAAAGUCCCUCCGCCUGAAACAGCUGGAUGUGGCCAACGCAGUUGAUCUUCUCUAUGCCUUCUUCCGCCAGUUCUUUAGCUACCUGAAUGAAUGUCCUGAGAGACCCUACUUCAGGGACGUGAGAGAACUGAUGACAGGGAGCAGCUAUGAGUUUGGGAAGCUCUUGCUCCCGAAUGGGUUUGACGUGCUGCUGAGCCUGCCGAUUCCAGAUUAUAUUCAGUAUGCUGAGGUGGAGGGGUACGAUGGACUCUUCUACACCCUGACUCUGCUGAGAAAGUCCCGCAGCUUUCCAGCCGCCUUCCUGCUGGAGGACGGGCAGACUGUGUCCCCUGGGAGCAUCAUGGCGGAGUUCCGGCAGCACUUGGAUCAGUUCAUCAAAGUGUUCUACUCAGUGCCUUUUCCUGGAUGGCAGAUGAGAUUGGAGAGGAAAAAGCAGAACGGCUCAGCGGUGCCCCUGGUGAUGGUGGACAACCGAGGUGACACGUUCAUGUCUAUUGACCUGGUCCUUGCUCUGGAGGUCUCUGGCCAGUGGCCCAGUUCAGAUGACGAAGGGAUGGACAUUAAGCAGUUGUUGGGGGAGAAGGAGCAAUAUCUGAGGAAGACCCUCUAUUUCGUUGCUAAACAGGCCCCUGGUCAAGAUAACAAAGAGACCUGGAAAAUUUCUUUCUCUCAUGUGGAAAAGGAGAUUUUGAAAAGCCACACCAGCUCCCGGAAGUGUCAGAUGACCAAGUCCCGCAGGCCAGAAUGUCUGCAGAUGUUGGAAAGUCUUUUGGGAGCCCUGAAGACAGAGCACCCCUUGGAACUGGCUCCUUUGAGUUCCUACCAUGCUGAGACCUCUUUCUUUCACACGCUGCUGGAAUGGAAGCAGGACCAGGAUGGGAACCCCUCCAGUGUUGCUCCCUGUUUUGAAAGGUUCCAGGCCAAUUUCAUUCAGCAGGUGGCAACUGCUCACCUGCCUCAUUUUUUCAUUCCCAAAUGCAACCUGUUUGGCACCAAAUUCUUUCCACACAAUAACCUGAAGUUUCUGCUGGCGCACUUAAGAGAGAAGCAAAAAAAGAAGCAGUCAACCACUGUGUCCCGAAAGAAGAAGGUCGCAGCCCCGCCACUGCUGGAUGCUGAUAUGAGCUGGCCUCUAAUGAUCACAGUGGGUCUGAUGGUUCUGGUGUCAAUUGGAUUCUCCCACUUUGGGACAUAAAGAUUCUGAGCAUCUACCUUUCUAUUUGUAAGGACUGGAGGAAUCUGCUGGGAAGUGAAUUGUUAGUAAGUGUGACAGGACGCACAAGAGCUGCACGAUCUACCACAUUGCAGGACCCAAUUAUAACACCGCUGUUCCUCAGACAUGAUAAAAACACACCCCAUAAUGUAGCUAGGAUCAAAGCGUGUUUAAACUGUGCGCCUGAACUUUGCAGGGAUCUAGCCCGGUUCAGGAGUAUGGUAAUAACAUGAUUCCUUCCUGUCUAUGCUGCAAGACCAAACCAUGUUUUUACUGUGCUGUAAUGCAGUCCUGCAACAUGGGAGCUUUGGAUAGCUUAGCUACACUCUAACUAAAUCUGCUUGCAGAUGAAUCCAAUACAGUAUAUUAUUUUAAAACUGCUUGGCAAUAAGCAGAUGUUGCUUUGUGUGUUCUGUCCUCCUAAAGUUAGGUCUUGUCUACACUUACAGUGCUGCAGCACCAGUGCAGCUGAACUGUUGCGAGAAGACACUACCUACGCCGACAGGAAAGCUUCUCCCAUAAGUGUAGGUACUCCCCAAGAGGUGGUAGCUGUGUCCAUGGGAGAAGCCCUCCUGUAGCACUGUUUCUAUACCUGGAAUUCAGUUGGAAUGAUUGCAUCGCUCAGGGGUGGGGCUUUGUAAUGUAGACCAGGGCUAACUAGUCUAAGUGUGUAGUGUAGACCAGGGCUUACUAAUCUACACCCAAAAUUCACCAACAGCAUUUCUCCAAGUCUCUGCUACUCCCUGUCCAGCUGCUGGAACUGUGGAAUCACCAAAUCUCAUAACCCAACCUCAACAGGAUUUGAAACACAAAGCUGGCAUUUUAUGCACUGGCCGACGUGUUCUUUAGUUACUAGUCACAAAAGCUGGAAAGUAUUUUAGCCACCCUAUUUUUUCCACUUCAAUAACAGAACUAUUGAGAAUGAAUCCAGAACAGGUGUGUGAUGUAAUGUAAAGGCUCCUGUCAUGCUCCCAGCCCAGCGCCUGUGUCACGUCUCUUGAUCUAUC